GCUAGCUUGAGGUUACAGAGGUUAGCCGCGUUCUGCUGCAUUAUAUGUGGUCUUUUCGAUUUUGCACGUACAUCUGAACGAAUAAGAUACUUUAGUCGAUGUUUAUGUAAGCGUACGACUUCCAGCCACACAAAUAUCAGCUAAGAGCAGGUCUCGUGUGUUUGUUGACGGCGAACAGUGCGCGAAACUGAAUGGUCAUUCAUUUCCCAAGCCGUCUCUAGUUUGCUAACGCUAGCUUGUUAGCUAGCUGACUAACGUGUUUACGCGUGCUGCGAGUGGAGAAUAAAGAUAGUGAAUGCUGCAGUGAGUUGAGUGUUUGCGUUUCGACACAGUCUUGUCCCGGUCUUUGGCUUUAGCUCCCAUCAGCCGCUUUUACUCGGGCCAGCGACCAACCAUUUAGACACCAUGUCCGAGCUGUACAUUCGUGUGGCUGAAGAUGAAAACGAGGAGCCCAUGGAGAUCCCUUCGGAGGAUGAUGGGACUAUUUUGCUGUCGUCGGUAGCAGCACAGUUUCCAGGGGCGUGCGGGCUGCGGUACAGGAACCCAGAAUCCCAAUGUAUGAGGGGAGUCCGGCUCGUUGAGGGGGUCCUGCAUGCUCCUGAAAACGACUGGGGGAACUUGGUCUAUGUCGUCAAUUACCCUAAAGAUAACAAAAGAAAGAUGGAUGAGAUAGAUGCUGCCUCAGCUGUGAAAGUGAAAAGGGGAUUUCAGAAGACCUCAGAUCUCAUUGUCCUCGGGCUGCCGUGGAAAACAAGUGAACAAGACCUGAAAGAUUAUUUCACGACAUUUGGGGAGGUCAUCAUGGUGCAGGUCAAGAGGGAUUUGAAGACUGGCAACUCCAAAGGGUUCGGGUUUGUCCGGUUCACCGAGUACGAGACGCAAACCAAAGUGAUUGCUCAGAGACACAUGAUUGAUGGACGAUGGUGUGACUGCAAACUUCCCAACUCAAAGGCGGGUCCUGAUGAGCCCAUGCGGAGCCGUAAAAUCUUUGUUGGCCGCUGUACAGAGGACAUGACAACCGAUGAGCUGAGGCAGUACUUCAUGCAGUAUGGCGAAGUCACUGAUGUCUUCAUCCCCAAACCUUUCCGGGCAUUUGCAUUUGUUACGUUUGCCGAUGACCAGGUUGCCCAAGCACUGUGUGGAGAGGACCUGAUCAUCAAGGGCAUCAGCGUGCACAUCUCCAAUGCUGAGCCCAAACACAAUAAUAGUAGGCAAAUGAUGGAUCGAGGGCGGUUUGGGGCUGGUGGGUUCAGUCAGGGUUAUGGCAGUAAUCGUGGGGGGAUGGGCAGCGGUAGUGGUGGGGUAAACUUUGGGGCUCUCGGCCUAAACCCAGCAAUGGUGGCGGCAGCUCAGGCAGCACUGCAGAGUAGUUGGGGAAUGAUGGGCAUGCUGGCUAACCAGCAGGGUAUGGCCUCAACGACAGGCACCGCCCCCACAACCCGAGACCAGACCUACAGCUCUACCAGCGCCAGUUACAGCAGCCCCAGCUCAGCUAGCCUGGGUUGGGCUGCAGGCGCCAACACCGCCUCCAGCGGCGGCUUCAGUUCCGGCUUCGGCACCUCUAUGGAGUCCAAGUCUUCUAGUUGGGGAGUGUAGAUAUCCUAUAGUUGCGCUUUUCUGUUGCUAUUAGGCUAAUCUGGUAAGUAUACAUACAGUUGGGAACUGCUUAUAUCUUAUGUUCCUAUUAUUAAAAAUAUACUGCCUUUUUAUUUUGUUAAAGAGAUAAAUUUAUACUUGCGUGUGACUGAUUAUGUCAUGCAUUGAGUGGGUGAAAAGUUUAGUUUGUUAGUGGAAACUCCCACACUCCGUUUUGUUUUUAAAUGUUAAAACAGAGAUGACUGCAUGCAAGAUAAAUAUUUAUAAACAUGCACGAGAAUCUUGAGAGCCCCUGUGUCCCCUUGUAAAAUGAGCUUGGUAUAAUUAUAUAUCUGUGUGCAGUUCAUUGUAUUUUUUGUUUUGACAUCAUUUGGAAACGCCUUCAUGAAAAUCUCUUCUGCAGUUCACCAACUCUUUCCCAAUUUCCCGGGAGGAAGCGCCUCAUUGGCUGCAAUGUUCGACAGAUCUCAGUAUCAAUUCCCCUCUUCCCAUG